UUUAAAGAUUGAACCAUCAAGUGCGAUAUUAAGAGCCGGCUCCGACGAACUUACUGUUUUGGUCGUUGCUCGUAAUCAUCGUGGUUCAGUCAAGUAAAAGAAGACACAUAUCUUGACAAUCAAUUUUUUAAUUCAGUUUAACUCGCAAGAAAGUUUCAUUCAAAGUAAAAAAAGGAAAUCCAUUCAAAGCAAAAUUAUACAAAGGAUGUUAAUUGGAUAAACAUUUGGGUUCAUGUUCAAUCAACAAAAUUAAAAUGAAAUUUCUUCUCCUGGCCACAACUUUUAUGAUGGGGUGUUACUCGGUUACACCCUGUCUAGAAGAGUGGAAUAACCAAUGUAAAACAAACUCGGACUGUUGCACUAAUUAUUGUGAGAAUCCCAAUGGAUGGGAGUUUGGUGUGUGUAAAACGAGUGAAACGACCGCAGCCUGUCAAGAAGAUGGCUCCAAUCAGUGUAAGGUAAACUCAGACUGCUGCAGUGAGAUUUGUAAUAGACCCGCAGACUGGGAAUUUGGAAUUUGCUCCAAGAAAAGUGAAUCGACUGCAGCAUGCCAAGCAGAUGGCUCCAACCAGUGUAAGGUAAACUCGGAUUGUUGCAGUGAGAUUUGUGAAAAUCCAAAUGGAUGGGAGUUUGGCAUUUGCAAGGAGAGUGAAUCGGCCUCAACGUGCCAAGAAGAGUGGUCUAACAAGUGCAAAACAAACUCGGACUGCUGUACUAAUUAUUGUGAGAAUCCCAAUGGAUGGGAGUUUGGCAUUUGCAAAAAAGGUGAGACGGAAUGCUUAAAAUCAAUGGAAGCAGGCUGUGACAAGUCCAAUUGUUGUUCUGGCUUACAAUGUUUUAAUGGAACCGAUGGUACAUGGACACGAGGAGUUUGUAUUGACGACAAACUCAUGGAGACUCUACUUGGAUUUUCAUAUAAUGGUGAAGGACAAGAUGACACGUAUGGAGAUGAUUAUUUGCAGUUUGUUAAAAAUUAUUUGCUCGGUCAAAAUGGAAUCACAUCCGAAAACACAAGAGUGAAGUGUAAAGAAAUCGAUCCAACGGGUUCAUUUUUUUACCGAUAUGACGAAGAGUAUUCGUUUAGAAUUUGCGAUGCAUGCAAAGAGUUACCCAUAAGAAAAUUAAACGCCAUAAAAAUUGAUGAAGAGCCAAUAAAUAUAUUGGAUUCGACCACAUUUGAUCAGUGCUUCGGUGAAUGCAUUGACAAUAAAAUGUGUAUUGCAUGCUCUUACGACAAAUAUCAACGUCAAUGCCAUCUUUUCGACACAAUUGAAGAUAAUUUUGAAGACACGGAAGACUGGCAAACGUUGAUUAUUCCACAGCCAGUAGAUGUUUUAAGGGAUUAUGUCUUUAGUAGAAAUACCGUUCUUAAAUGCCUUGAAAACACAACCGAAGUUCAUCCCGCAAACUCAAUGCUCGAGUGUUUUUCAUUGUGUGAAAAAAGCGAUUUGUGUUCCUUGGCUGAAUAUUCUGAAGGUGAAUGUGUGACUGUUCAAGACUACCAAGAUUGCUAUACAACAUUCUAUAAGUAUGGUCACACAUCGCUAUUUUAUAAAGAUUAUUUUAGCGAUGAUAUAUCGUGGAGAUUCAAUAAAUCUGGCCAGGAAUUAUUUGGAUAUGAAGAAGAUCUUGAUAGUACGGAUGACACAAAUACACAAGUAGCUGAAGCAACACGAACUGGGUCUGUUUCGAGCGAAAAACAAUUGCGUGAAUUGAAAUUCAAGCAGGACAUUCAAUAUUUUACUGAGUGUCAGGAUAAGUGCUUGAAUCUUACAACUUGCGUUGGCAUCGAUAUUAAGAUUCAGGAGCAAGACUAUGAGUGUACAAUGAUCGAUGUAAGGAAUAUAGAAUCUAUGACCACAAAUUCAGUGUCCAAUUCAACAAGGGUUCAAUUGAUUCAUCCGCGGCGGGAUAGCAUAUUAUAUGGCUUUGCAACACAAUUAAUAGCAAGAUUUUCGGCUAUCAAUUAUGCCACAACGAGCAAACAAAAGAAUAUUGUAGACUGCAUUGGUGUGUGCAAGAAUCAGGAUAAAUGCAAAGAUGUUUUAUACAACUAUGCUGAUCAAACGUGUUUAACAAAUGGUGACUUGAUUGGAACGAAUCGAAGAAAUGUUGUCAACAAUGAUAAAUGGAUAAUGCUAAGUAAGAAUAGGCCCAGAUAUGAUCAGCCCGAGUUUAAAUUCACGCUUCUUGGUCGAAAUAAACGAUUGGCAAAUGAGCAUGAUCAAUUCAUAACUUUGACACAAACAUUCCCGAAAACUGACGAAGAUGGUCUGAAUAAGUGCUUAUCACUUUGCCUUGAAAAAGACAACAAGAGCGACACUUGUAACUUAGUUCAAGUCGAACGAUCAAGCACUUCGAUCAAAUGCAAACUGUACAACAUUGGAAUAUUCAAUCAAACCGUCAACAGCGAAGAUAUUCUGUUCAGUAAUUUGUAUUUGAUAACAUUGAAUAAGAAUUUCAAUCAAGAUGAUCUUGAUCAAAUGCCAUUGAUGUCUGAAGAAGAUGCGAUCAAUUGCGAAAUUGAUAAAGAAUCAGUAUUAUUAGACUUAAUCUAUCUUAAUGCGAACAACCAAACGUCCAAUGUGCCCCAUCGAUCGAAACGAGGCUUUUGGAGCAGCGUCGGAAAUUUUUUCAAAGGUGUUGGAAAAGCAAUUAAAGAUACUGUGGUAAACACCGUUGAGACCGUGAAGGGCGGUGUGAAAGCUAUUGGGAAAUUGGUAAAAGGUGAUACCAAAGGUGCGCUCAAAGAAGUAAAAAAGACUCCACUUUAUAAAGAGGGAGAGAAACUAGUGAAAAAUGUAAAACAAGUGGGUGAGGGCAUUGUCAAGGGUGACAUUAAGAAAAUUGGCGAAGGAUUGCUUGGUGUUGCCACUAAUGAUUUGCUGGCUUUUAUUCCGGGACAAAAAGCAAUAAGUACUGGAGCAAAAGCUAUAAAGGGUGGUAUUAAGAAUACAAUCGAGAAAACUACGAAGAAGGACGCAACCAAAAAACCGCCCAAAGAUAACAUCGUUGACAAAAGUUUCAAGGAUAAGAGAAGCGAAGAGAAGGCAAAAGAAGACAAGAGGCAGAGAGAAUGUGAAAAGAAAAAAACUCGAAGGAGACGUGAUGUUACGGGUAAGGACGACGACAGGGAUUUUUAUAGUUAUUGCCGUGAAGAAGAUAAAAACAAAGACAAAGACAAAGAUCUUAAAUGUGAUAUACCUCAGAUCGCAGCGAAAAUGGGAAACAAGGUUAUAAAGCCUACUUUAGAAGAUUGCAAGAAUUUUAGAGUUGGUGAGGAAUGCAACUACUUGUGUUACGCCGGCUAUAAAGAGAAACCUGAAAAUCUUGCUUGCAUAAAAAAAGGCAACGACGCAGUGUGGAAUAAAAAGGCCUUAUGUGAGCCACAAGAAUGUAUUGAUGCUGGCCAAUAUACUUAUAUAUUUGUUGAGUCGUCCACAAUCAAAUCUGUGCUAGAUCUAAAGAAUCCCGAUCCCAAAAAGAAGGAUUUUAAGAAUGACAAGCCCAACUCAGAUGUGCUUUUGUAUCUAGUUAAAUUUAAUGACGCAAAAAAGCUGCCGAUCUAUUCAGUGACAUAUUAUAAAUGGAUUCUUACAUUCGGUAAACUCGUUGAAAGAAAGGCUCCUUUCAGGCUACAUCCAUGUAAACGUUUGGCUAGAAAACAAGCUACUAAUAACGAUUAUCCACACGUGACUGCAAAAAAUCCGAGAAAUAACCCACAUGGAUUCGAAAAAGGACACUUAACACCAGCUGAUCUCUUUAGGUGGAAUACAAAGACACAAACUUCUAGCAGUCUUCUUAUUAAUAUUGCACCGCAAGCAAAAGAAUGGAAUGGCGGAGGCGGGUGGGGCAGAUUGGAAGCCAACGUUCAAUGUGCAUCACAGAAUACAGAACCUCUUCCAAAGUUUGAUGACGGCGGUGAAAGGAUACCCCCUACUGGAGCAAAGCAUGAGCGAACGAAAAUUAACUCAAUUGUGGCGACCGGUAUUAUAUUGGCUGACAAACCAAAGUAUAAAAUUGGUGGAAACAUUGAAGUGCCCAAAUACUUCUGGAAAAUGGUGUGUUAUCGCGAAGUCGACGUAAGCGAAAAGAAAAAUCAAAAUAUCGAUACAAAGACAACACACGUGGUCCUUUUUGUUGCAAAAAAUGAACCAGUCGACAUGUCAGAUCAAGAUAAAGAGUUUCUAUUCACACCUAGAUCUCAGAGAGAGCUCAACACAUUUGAUUCCAAUAUUUUAACAGAGCAUAAUCCUUGGGACGGUGUGACUAUGAUGAGAGACAGAAAUAUGACUUUUAAUUUGAUCAAUCGCUAUCCGACACCGGAUGAGUGUAAAAAAGCCAUGGACUUAGACGCUGUCCAAGAAAAGAAAUGGAGGAAACAGAUGGGCAGCGAAAAAAGUAGACGGAAGAGAGCCACUGAUGAUGUUGGUGAUGUUGAAGCUUUUUGCAAUCAGAAAGAUGUUGGUGACAUUCUUGGUACCAUUUUGGCGGCCAGAGAGGGUGAGGCUCAGGAAGAAUCAGAAGAUGCUGAAAAUGAGGAUGAUCUCACUAUUGAAGAUAAAUUUGAUGGAAAUGUAAAUGUUCCUUCAAGUAGUUGUGGUAAAAAAAUCGUGGGCUACUAUCCUUCAUGGACGAAAAAGAAGUUGUCCGCAUCACUGUUGUCUAAAUUUACUCACAUCAUUUUCGCCUUUUUGGAAAUGAGAGCCGAUGGGACAGUUGGUAUUGGUAAUCCGGAUCAUAGCAGUGCACAAACAUCGACAGACGCCGAGGUUGAAGAUUUAGCUAGGUCUAAUUUGAAAGCUCUAAUGGAAAACAAAGCCAAAGUACCAGGUCUAAAAGUGACAUUUGCUGUUGGCGGUUGGGAAAAUUCUCAAUAUUUUAGUUCGACGGCAGCAAAUCCAACCAUUAAGCAGAAUUUUAUCGCUUCAGUCCUCAGGGCGAUUGAUGAGUACGAUUUUGAUGGUGUUGAUAUUGAUUGGGAAUAUCCUGUUACGGGUGGUGCCCAUGAAGGAAUUCCUCAAGACAAGCAAAAUUACGUCAGUCUGCUCAAGGACUUACGUGGUGUGCUUGAAGCGAAAUCACCGAAAACAUAUUUGAUCACAUUCGCAAGUGCGGCCGGUGAAGAUGCACUUAAGAACGGCUAUGAUUUGCCUGGACUUCUCAAAUACGCCGAUUGGGUCAAUAUCAUGUCUUAUGACUUCUUUGGACCCUGGGAGAGUAAAUGGGGAGCAUACACAGGACCUCCAGCACCAUUGUUCCAUAACGUUCCAAAGGGGUAUGCCGGCAAGUUCAAUGUAAACUGGGCAAUUAAACAGUAUGUUUGCGAUUUACAAUCACCGAAACAAGUUGUUAUGGGUGUACCGCUGUACGGUCGAUAUUGGAACAAUGUUCCCGAUAAACAAGGCGAACAUGCAAUGUAUAGGCUGGCAACGCGUGAGAAUGGAAAAUUCAUCGGUGGUUUUGUUUCUUGGAGCGAUAUCAAAAAGAGCUGGCUCACAGAUCCAAAUUUCCAAAGUCACUUUGAUGACAAAGUCAAAUGUCCUUAUGCAUACAAUCAAAAUGGAACAUAUCUCGGCUAUGAAUCACCCGAAUCGGUAAAAUUCAAAAUUGAAUUCGCAAUCAAAUCAAAUUUGGGUGGCUUGAUGGUGUGGGCUAUUGACCAAGAUGAUGAUGAUCAAUCAAUGAUCACACAGCUAUCCCAGGCCAAUUUAUGCACAAACGAUGAUUCAAUCAAAUUCAAGUGUAUACCCAUCAAAGAGAAGCGAUGGUGGACCUUGGUUGAUGGUGAAAACAUGGGUGGAUUGUGUGGGAAAAGUGCACCAUUAUAUCAUGGUUAUUAUCCUGUUUGUGACCCAGAUGAUUUAGGCUAUUCUUGUUGUGGAGAAAAGGGCUAUUGUGGCUCAGGCGAUGAAUAUUGCAAUUGUCCCACGUGUAUUAACUAUGCAGAUGACCCUAAUAAAAUGUUGGCCGAACCGACCAAACCAAAAACAAAUAAGAUAACCUGGCACUUUUCCAAUGCCCCAGAAGGCCAACGGGGUCGAUGUGGGAGAGAUGUGCCCAAAGUGAACGGAGAAUUCGCUACAUGUAAUCCAGACGAUCAAAACGCAUAUUGUUGCUCAAAUGGCGGCUAUUGUGGCUCAGGUGACUCAUAUUGUAAAUGCGAUGGUUGCAUCAAUUUUAAAGAUAAUCCGAGUUACCAAUACCCACCAAAGACUUGGUGGUCUUACAGUGACGGUGCGAAUAAGUCAGGAAAAUGCGGACCAAAAGCACCAAAAUUGCCAAACGGUGGUGAGCCGGGCUGCGAUCCAGAUUCACCAAAUCAUUGCUGUUCUAACCACGGCUAUUGUGUAAAAGACAAUGUUUGUCAAUGCUCGGGGUGUAAAGAUUAUAAACGCUAAAACGUAUUCAAGAGAGUCUUUCAACAGACUGAAAUGUCUAUAAAUCAGUAUAUUUUUCAAAAGAAAACAUUGUUUCUCAAGCUUCAAAUAAAUAAAUAAAUAAAAAUUUUGUGGACAACAUA